UCCACAUCAGGAGUUUUCCUGGUUCUGAAGUUAACAGCACAGCAUGCAAUUUUUGGGCAAGUAUUCAUGCUAAAGCUCGGCUUUUUUUGGAGGAGAGGAAACGCUGGUUUAUUUUCUAAGACAAAUAUAUUUCAAAGGAGGCAAGAUCACAAGGGUAUUUUAGUCAAAUGAAGUAAAUAUUUUAAAAAGGACCCCCCUUCUUUGUUCAAGAGAAGAAAAUGGCUGUGGACGAUGGUUUGAACAGCAUACUGGUUGCUGACAAAUGAGGUUGACAGUUUGGUGAUUUAUUUUUAGCUGGAGAAUUUUUUUCAAACAGAAGUACUGUGUAGCCUUGGCAGUUGCUGCAUAUUCGGUGUGGGUGGAUGGAACUGAGAAACUGCAUCUGUGCUAACAAGCUUUUUGGGAUUCCAUUAAAAAAUUAAACUCAUGUACUGGAAACUGAAGCUGUAUCAGCUCACCUGGGGAGCUCUGCCCUCCGAAUAUCCUCCAAAAGAGGCCCUGCACCGCCCCUACGGCUGCGAUGUGGAACCCCAGGCACUGAACGAAGCCAUCAGGUGGAGCUCCAAGGAGAACCUGCUCGGAGCCACUGAGAGCGACCCCAAUCUCUUUGUUGCACUUUACGAUUUUGUAGCAAGCGGAGACAACACCCUCAGCAUCACCAAAGGCGAGAAGUUGCGAGUCCUGGGUUACAACCAGAAUGGUGAGUGGAGUGAGGUACGUUCGAAGAACGGGCAGGGCUGGGUACCAAGCAACUACAUCACGCCGGUGAACAGCCUGGAAAAGCAUUCCUGGUACCACGGGCCCGUGUCCCGCAGUGCAGCAGAGUAUCUGCUGAGCAGCCUCAUCAACGGCAGCUUCCUGGUGCGGGAAAGCGAGAGCAGCCCAGGGCAGUUGUCCAUCUCGCUCAGGUACGAAGGACGUGUUUACCACUACAGGAUCAACACCACCUCGGAUGGGAAGGUCUAUGUGACAGCAGAAAGCCGUUUCAGCACCCUGGCAGAGCUCGUGCACCAUCACUCAACGGUAGCAGACGGCCUGGUGACAACUCUGCACUACCCAGCACCCAAGUGCAAUAAGCCCACUGUCUAUGGAGUGUCCCCCAUCCAUGACAAGUGGGAGAUGGAGAGGACUGACAUCACCAUGAAGCACAAGCUCGGGGGAGGGCAGUACGGCGAGGUGUACGUGGGGGUCUGGAAGAAAUACAACCUCACUGUUGCUGUGAAAACAUUAAAGGAAGAUACCAUGGAGGUGGAAGAAUUCUUGAAAGAAGCUGCUGUGAUGAAGGAGAUCAAGCACCCAAAUCUAGUGCAGUUGUUAGGUGUGUGUACCCUGGAGCCACCCUUCUACAUCGUGACGGAAUACAUGCCCUAUGGGAACCUGCUGGACUAUCUGCGGGACUGCAACCGGGAGGAAGUGAGUGCUGUUGUGCUGCUCUACAUGGCCACCCAGAUCUCCUCUGCCAUGGAGUACCUGGAGAAGAAGAACUUCAUUCACAGGGACUUGGCAGCACGGAACUGCUUAGUUGGAGAAAACCACGUGGUGAAGGUGGCUGACUUUGGCUUAAGUCGACUCAUGACUGGUGAUACCUACACAGCCCACGCUGGGGCCAAGUUCCCAAUCAAGUGGACGGCUCCCGAGAGCCUGGCCUAUAACACCUUUUCAAUCAAAUCAGAUGUGUGGGCCUUUGGGGUGCUGUUGUGGGAAAUUGCUACCUAUGGAAUGUCACCAUACCCAGGCAUCGACCUCUCUCAGGUGUAUGAUCUGCUGGAAAAAGGCUAUCGGAUGGAGCAGCCAGAGGGGUGCCCUCCCAAGGUGUAUGAACUCAUGAGGGCAUGCUGGAAGUGGAACCCACCAGACCGACCUUCCUUUGCUGAGACCCACCAGGCCUUUGAAACCAUGUUCCACGACUCGAGCAUCUCAGAGGAGGUAGCAGAGGAGCUUGGAAGAACAGCCUCCUCCUCAUCCAUAGUUCCUUACUUGCCCCGCUUACCCAUUCUUCCCUCCAAGACGAGAACACUGAAGAAACAGGCAGAGAACAAGGAGAACAUCGAAGGAACACAGGAGACUGUGGAGCACUCGGCUUCCAGCUCAGCACCAGGUUUCAUCAGAAGCACACAGCCAACAACUGGGUCUCCUGCGCUGCCCCGCAAGCAGAGGGACAAGUCACCCAGCAGCCUGCUGGAGGAUGCCAAAGAGACCACGUUCACCAGGGACAGAAAAGGCGGCUUCUUCAGCUCCUUUAUGAAGAAGAGGAAUGCUCCCACGCCUCCCAAGCGCAGCAGCUCCUUCCGGGAGAUGGAGAACCAGCCCCAUAAGAAAUACGAGCUGACGGGUAACUUUUCCUCUGUUGCUUCCUUGCAGCACGUGGACGGGUUCUCCUUUGCUCCCACGCAGCAGGACACGAGCCUGGCACCCCCCAAGUGCUACGGAGGGGGCUUUGUGCAGAGGACCUUCUACAACGAUGAUGGCACAGGGCCCAGCAGCGGUGGGGGCGUGAGCACCAGCGGAGGGUGGUCGGGCAUCACUGGUUUCUUUACACCACGCUUGAUUAAAAAGACACUGGGUUUACGAGCAGGAAAACCCACUGGCAGUGAAGAAGCUUCAAAGCCUUUUCCAAGGUCAAACUCUACAUCUUCCAUGUCCUCAGGGCUUCCAGAACAGGAUAGGAUGGCAAUGACCCUUCCCAGAAAUUCCCAGAGGUCAAAAAUUCAGCUGGAACGGACUGUGUCCACCUCCUCUCAGCCCGAUGAGAGCACGGGGAGGGCCAAUGACCUGCUUCCCAAAAGGUUUGAAGAAGGCCCUGCUUUGACCAGAGAGAGACCAAAAGCAAAACUCUUGCCAAGGGGUGCCACAGCACUCCCCUUCCGAACUCCCUCCACAUUGGAAGAAAAGGAGGGUGCAGGGCUAGCAGCAGCUCCUAGGGGAAAAGAAAAAAACAGUGGCCCACGACAGGGGGCCCUUGAGGAUGGCGAGAGGCCGGGGUGGUCAUCUCCAGGCAAGGCUGCAGCAAUACUUCCAACCACUCAUAACCACAAAGUGCCAGUCCUAAUCUCACCCACUCUAAAACACACUCCAGCGGACGUGCAGCUCAUUGGCACAGACUCUCAGGGUAAUAAAUUUAAGCUCUUAUCUGAGCAUCAGGUCACUUCUUCUGGCGACAGGGACCGGCCCAGACGGGUAAAACCAAAGUGUGCUCCACCUCCACCACCAGUGAUGAGGCUCCUCCAGCAGCCGGCUGCCUGCUCCGACGCAGCAGAAGAGCUGAGCCCCGUGGCGGGAGCGCAGCACGGACUGGAAUCGAGUGAAGGGAGCAAGAAGGCGGCAGCAGCAGCAGCACCUGUUGGUGGAAAAUGUGGGAGGCCCAUGAUGCCUCCACCUCAAGUGCCUCUGUCAUCGUCUUCCACCUCCCCAGUGAAAAUGGCCAACGGCACGGCCGGCGCGAAGGUGGCGCUGAGAAAGACCAAACAGGCAGCUGAGAGAAUCCCCGCAGACAAGAUCAGCAAGGAGGCGCUGCUGGAGUGUGCGGAUCUGCUCUCCAGUGCCAUCGCCGAGCCCACCCCGAACAGCCAGCUGGUGGACACGGGGCACCAGCUGCUGGAUUACUGCUCAGGCUACGUGGACUGCAUCCCGCACACCCGCAACAAAUUCGCCUUCCGGGAGGCCGUGAGCAAACUGGAACUCAGCCUGCAGGAGCUGCAGGUGUCCUCGACAGCUGCCGGCGUGCCCGGGGCAAACCCCGUCCUUAAUAACUUAUUGUCAUGUGUCCAAGAAAUCAGCGACGUGGUGCAAAGGUAGCUACUGUCCAUCUGGGUAAGAGAAACACGCACGGGGAGGGGGGGGACUUUUUUUCUGUACUGAUGCUUUCAAAAGGAAAGACUGAUACUUGAGUAUGUGAAGUACCUCAGAUCACUGAGUUCUCCUCACGUUUACAGGUUCAUCUCAAAGAAAUAGGGAUGGAGAGGGUAGAUUAAAGCUGUAAGGGGCAAACAUCGAGGAUCUGUCCCCACCUAAUCAGGCUGAUCUGCUCGGUGUGGCAAGGGAAGGCAGUUCCUUGCUCCUCCCUUGGAGAGGCAGGAGAACCGAUGGCAGGUUCUCGCUCUGGGAAGGAUGGUUGAUGUGACAGCCAGAGUACUGGGGUGGCUGCAGGCUGCUCUGCUGUACAGAUCCUGCCCUGUCUGCACUCACGGGUGCUUUGCUCUCCCAACAAGGCAAAGGAAAAGCACUGGGGCUCCACUGGUACCGACGGCCGAGCAGUCGGAGCCGGAGGGGCUCCCAAGGGAGGGUCACGUGCAGUUGGGGGGAAGGUCUAAUGCACUGACAGUGUUCAGAGCUGCUGGAGGUGGAUGCACUAGCCUGGAUGGCUUAACUUCCACAGCACUGUUGCUGCUGUAAUGAGAACUGCAAAGUUAGUUAAUAUAUGAAACUAUCCCUUUUCCCUCCUGUCCACCUCAUCCACCACAUGUUCUCAUCAUCAUUGUGUCGGAAGCGUCAGGGAUGCUGGGCAGACUUACCACUGGAAUACCCCCUUCCCCACCACACAGCCUUCACUCACUGAUACCUAUUUCUAGUGGUCUAGCACGGGUGCUGCUUGAUGGUCGUUUUUGAGUAGUUUGGGGCUCUUGCACAACUUGCCAGUGUUGUUGUUGGGGUGGGUGGGUUGUUUCUUUUUUAAGCUAUAGAUUGUUUUUAACUUGUUACCAGGUUGACUCCCCAUUUCAGUUUGAUCCCCCUGAGGACCCACUGUAGGUCAGGCAGAGUCUCCACCACCCCUGGCUGUUCUCCACAUUCCUUUAGCAGUCCCAGCACUGCAGGGCCAGCUGGAGAGCUAGGAAGUACAGCCUGGCCUGUUCACUGCAGGGAUUCCCUGGAGCUGUCCCUUCACAGUGCCAGAUUCCCGGGAUUUGUUCUAGCCCUUACUGGUCUUGCAGGCUUCCAGCUUCCCUGCAUCCAAAGGUGACAAAGCAUGGCAGCACACAGGGGAAGCACAAGCAUCUCUAUAUAUUUUUUCCUGUAUUUUAAAGGCUAGGCCAGAAUCCUGUGCUGUGCUGUAGGGAACAUGCACAUAAACUGUGCACUCCUCUGCCUGAGAGGUGACAACAGAAGUUAUGGCUCUGCCUUCAAGGGCCCCCACUGGAUAUCUGAUGCCUUCUCACAGUCCCAAAGUCAGAGCAGUUGAGGGGUUAACAUUGUCUCCCUUGGUCCUGGUGCUGUUUGUAGGCUGUUGUGGCCUCACAGAGCUGAUCUUCUGUGUCUACAGACAACUCCCCGAGGUGUAGAUGUGCUGGCAAGUAGGGAGACCUCAGCUGUUGGUUUGUGAGAGGAAGGACACAGGCCUGAUACCUGACUCCAAAUAAACAUCACCCUGCUGUUCACUUCACACUGUUGGUGACAGAGGAUCUCGCUUGCUUUGCACCUUAAAUCUUUUAUUUUUGGCUAAAAUGCUCUUUAAACUUGUUUUCAAAGUGUGACUGUGCUGCUUUUAGAGUGGAGCAGUUAGAGUGGAGCUGGGGCCAGGUGUGACUUUGGAAGGUGAGCACUUCCACUGCUGUCUAGAAGCAUCUGUUAGUGCUGGGGAGGCUGGGCUGUCUUAGUGGGUGUCCCUGCUUGUCCCACAGAGCACAGUGAGACAGGAGCCUUGAAAAAUCUUUAGAAAUGGGCUGGUGUCUGACAAUCCUCCUUUUAUUCCUGGUCUGUGGCAAACAACGUUGUGUCACGGUGUGUGAAGGCACAGCAGAGGAGCAGCAUGUGAUGUACAAUGGACCACAUGAGCUUCUCUGGCCAAGUGAAAUGAGGGGGCACAAAAAGAGCCAAGCAGCCCUUUGUGCUGUCCAGUUCUGCAUCGGGAUCCAGCGUGCCCAGGAUCCCCUGGGGGCUCUUCCACAGCCACACUCAGCUGAGCACCAAACCCUUUAUCUUGUAGACUUUACUGAAGGCUUUUGUGGUUUACCUUAUCUCUUUUAGUCAUCUUUAUGGAAGGUGUGCAUCCAAACUACCUGCCUUUGGAAAGGUGACCUGCAAAGGGAAGGCUGCUUGUGGCAUUGCUUCACACGGCCUGUCAAACAAUCAGAAGGAUUUAGAAGGUAGGGGAGCUUUCUUUGGGGCAGAAGGGCAGGUCUUGCUUGCCCCGGCAGACAAUCAUCUGCUGUAGUGUCAUCGCUGUACUGCUGCUCAGCCAAGGACAA